CCGGUUAUUAAAAUUGCAUUGCACGCGCAACAAUUUCCAUUUUGUCCGUUACUGUUUGUUACCGUGGAUAAAUAAAUAAGUAAAAUUAUGACAUCUGCUCGAUUUAUGAAGUGCCUGCAGUAUGCUGCCCAGCAACACAGAAAUCAACGACGCAAGGAUCCACAAGAGACACCAUACAUCAACCAUCCCAUUAAUGUGAGCACCAUUCUGGCCACCGAGGCGGGAAUUGAUGAUGAGGCUGUGUUAAUGGCCGCAUUACUGCACGAUGUGGUCGAGGACACAGACGCCACAUUCGCUGACUUAGAGCGACUGUUUGGCGACGAUAUCACUGGCUUGGUGCGCGAGGUGACCGAUGACAAAUCGCUGGAGAAGAUGGAACGCAAGAGAUUGCAAAUUGUGAAUGCACCCAAAGCCAGUCGACGAGCGAAGCUUAUCAAACUGGCCGAUAAGCUGGAUAAUUUGCGAGAUCUACAAGUGAAUACGCCAACGGGGUGGACGGAGAAUUUGCAAUUGCAGGAGCGACGAGAAGCGUAUUUUGUUUGGGCCCAACGUGUUGUGGACGGUUUGCGUGGCACGAAUGCUGCUCUAGAGGAGCAGCUUGAUCAUAUCUUUCGCCAGCGGCAGCUAUUGGACUAAGCUAACUCAUUAAAAGACUUCAGAGUGGACUAGUAAACGAACAGCUUAGUUUUUAUUAUUCUCGUAAAAUGCUAGCAUUAGCUUGGCCAGCUUUUGUGUCUCCACCAGCGUGACAGCGUUGUAGAUUGAAGCACGAAUGCCGCCAACCGAACGAUGUCCUUUCAGUUGUAUCAUGCCCUCCGCCUCAG